CCCGCCCCCCGGGGGCGCUCGAGCCCGGCCCGCGCCGCCGCCCGCCGCCCGCCGUCCUCCGCCCAAGAUGUGGCACAACGUGGGGCUGACCCUGGUGGUGUUCGUGGCCACGCUGCUGGUCGUGCUGCUGCUGAUGGUGUGCGGUUGGUAUUUCGUAUGGCAUCUGUUUUUAUCGAAAUUCAAGUUUCUGCGGGAACUGGUGGGAGACACAGGAUCUCAGGAGGGAGAUCAUGAGCCAUCAGGCUCUGAGACGGAAGAAGACACUUUGUCAUCUUCACACAGGAUCAGAUCUGCUCGGCACAGAAGGGCGCCUGCUGAUGAAGGCCACUGACCCUAGCCACCAUCCUGUACUAGUGGAUGAUGAAAGGCAGUGGGGAGCCUCUGUCUUUAAUGACUUGGCUUUGCAGUUUGGUAAAAGAUUGAAGAACAUUUUUACUUGGAUUUUAAGUUCAAUUAAAGAAAAAGAUUUAUAUGUAAGCCAUAUGAAAAUAAAGGGAAUUAAAACCAAAUCAGACCAUUGCAGAUUUCAUCUUAAAGAUCAUCUUUUGCUUCACUAACUUUCUACUUAUAUACUUACUCUCUGACUCCUGGGCUUAUUGUAUUGCACUGUUGUGAAUCUGGUAAACAUUACAGGCUUGAAAAACCGUAUUUUAUUAGUUCUGUAAUGUAUGUUGUAUUUUUGUUUUUGUUUUCACAUUUUACCUUGUCCGAAAUUGGGAUGUAUCUCAUGAUUACUGUGAACUGGGAGAUGGUCAUGAUGUAAUUAUCUCAGCCUGUGCGUGUGUGAACUUAACUAACAGCUUGUCACAGCAUCAUCACUGUACUGUUGGUACCAAAUGUGUCAGGUUUAUUUGGCAUUUAAAGAUGUCUUCAAAAAGAUUGCACUAUGAUUCAUUAUUGAAACGAAAAGUUAUCGUGUACGCAGAAAAGCAUGGAAACAGAGCAGCAGGGCGUACAUUUGGAAUUAGUGAAGCAAAUAUCCGUCGCUGGAGGAAUGACCGCCAUUCCAUAUUUUCUUGUAAAGCAACAACAAAAUGCUUUACGGGACCUAAGAAAGGAAGGUACCCACAAGUGGAUGAAGCUGUACUAUGUUUUGUUAGUGAGAUGCGUGCAAAAGGAUUGCCUGUCACGCGCCAAGCAAUGCGAUUGAAGGCAGGAGAAAUUGCCAAAACCCUCGGAAUAGAAGAAACAAAAUUCAAAGCAACGAGAGGCUGGUGUGAUCGAUUCAUGCGCCGAGCAGGAUUAUCUUUAAGGCGUCAAACAUCGUUUUGCUCAAAAUUUUCUGCUGACAUUAUACAGAAGACGGUGCUGGAGCACUCAUUCAAGAAAUGCCGCAUCCCCAGUGCUCUUGAUGACACCAAGGGUGCUCUUAUGUGGAAGAAUGGAGACAUCGUUGGCUGUGAUUUGCGAAGUGAUUCAGAAGAGUUGGAUUCAGAAUAUGAAGUUAUAGUUAUAACCUAACUAGUUAUUUCAUACACUUUCUUUUGGUAUGCACAAGAUUGAUGUGAUAAAAAUCUGCUUAACUCUAAAAACCGUUUCAGUAAAUUUAAAUAAACACUCUAAAACUCUACACGAUAUGAAAGCACUGUGUCAGUUUAAUUGCCCUUGUUUUUUUCUUAGUGAUACAUGUGGUGCAUCUUACAAUUGAUGGUAUCUUAGAUAAAUAAUAGUUUGUAAAUUUAUUUUUCCUUGUAGGGUAGCGAUUAUUUAUUGGAGAACUUAAUCUUGACUCUUAUAAUGCUGUUAAAAUAGUUAUCCUCUAUGAGAUACAUUUUUUUUUUCAACCUAUUCAGGAUUUAAGAGUAGUGACUCAGGAGUCUUAAGAACUGUCUUCUACUUCAGGAAGAGUGGAAUUAGUUUCUCCCUUUGGGAGGGCUUCAUGCUCAAGGCAUGUGUUGUGGAGAAAGUACUUCUUUACAGACAAUUCAGUGACAAGACCUCAGAGGUCCUGGGUAUGGUGGAUAAAACAGUGAGUGAAAAUGCCCUCUUCACUGGAAAAUAGCUUGCCAGGUUCCCAUGUUUGUCUUCACAGAACUUUGGACCGAAGGUUCACCAGGGAAGAGAUACAGAUUCAAAGGCCCUUCCUGUUUAGUGUUAUCUGCUCUGUACAAGAGUGAAUUGCAAAGCCAAUUUCUUUUAUUGAUCCAAGUUCCUUUUUCUGCGUUUACCCUUUUUUUUCUCAAGAACUAGUCAUCACAGAACAUCACCUCUGUGUUGUGACGGUGUGUAACUAUGUUUGAUACCUCAUACUUAAUGCUGAUAGUUUUGUCAACAGUCCCCUUGCGUUCCUGAGGAAUGCCUCUGCAGUCCCGGUAGCCCUUCGGAUAUACUGAAAAGGGAGUCUACACAGCAUGAGCUUAGUUUUAAACAUUUGCUGGGGGACGAUCCUCAGCAGCCAAGAGUGGGGCAUAAUCUUUCUGUCAUUUCCUUAUUGGAUGCAUUUUUCUAUUAUUAUGUGACUAUAGGGAUUAACCGAACAGUGACACUGAGUUUCAAGCAUUAAUUUUGGGGCUUCAGACUAGCUGGCUAUCACAUUAAAAUGGUCGUCAGUUAGAAAAGAAUUAAUGCCUAAAAGCUUCUUGGUAUUGGGAUUGUAUUUAAUUAGAUCUUUCAUUGUCUAAUACCUUGAGCUGUGGGAUUUAGCUUCAUAGUGAAUACCUUACCUUUAGGUAAUAAUAGUUGUUGACAAACUUUAACAAAUGAGCUUCUGUACUGUUUCAGUAUUAAGGAAUGAUGGCUCAUGUAACAACUUGCAAGGGUCAUCCACAAGUUAAUAUAAAUGAAUCCAUGUAAAGGUGUAUGUGUUGGUAUUAUUUAUUAACAAAUAUGCAUCAAGAUGUCUCUUUUUUUAGUAGAAUUUAAGGAAAUGUUCUAUUUAACUUAUUUGGGAUAUCUAUCCAAAAGCAUAUUAAUCGCUCACACUCUACCUACCAUGUUUUAACUCCUCCUCAGAGAGUAAAAAGAAAUCAGUGGUGCCAGUAUGAAAAUUCUACAAGCCAAUUCCUUUGUUUAAAACUUGUAUUCUUCUCUUGUACUCUUUUUCCCCCAUUAAGACUCACCAUAGUAUAUAUUUCUAAGGCCACUAAGGCAAGAGGAGUAUUAACAAUUAUUUGUGUGGUAUUUCUGUUCCUAUAUUACUGCUUUUGUAGCUGCACUCAAUCGGGAACUUCCCAAGUACCUUUUCAGUUUCUCAGUGGGAGACUGACUUGCCUGUGGUUAAUUUUGAAGUUUAGAAGGUGCUGAGGAUACAAGUAUCCGCCUUGUCUGAAUGCUCACAAGUCACUGUUUGUGACUGUGAUCACAGUGAUGGCAAUCAACGCUGCCAUCUUUUGAAAAUUCUAAAAUCGAGGACUCUAACAGGGUUGUUUCAUUUCCUUACCCAUUUACCAUUCCCACAUCUCUUUUGCCUCUGAAACUUUUGUGAAAAUUGCCUGUAUCAAACGUACUGGUUUGCAUUGCUCUGAUUUAAAUGCCAAAAAAUGCUAAAUAUUUGUGUGGCGCUCUUAAGUGAGGUUUUUAAUAUUUACGUAAAGCUAAAAAUAGAAUUCAUCCAAUGGAUUUUGUAGUGUUGUUUUCAUGGUGGAAACAUUAAAACAUUGCUUUUUGGUGAAUAGCUAAUUCACAUACGUGCUGACCCAUUUUGUCAAAUGAUACUAGGUUUAAAAACCACUUCCAACUUUUAUUUUGCUGAAAGGUGGGUGAACCAUAUUAAUGGUUUCAUAGAAUGUUAUUUUAAACCAAAAUAUGUUGAAAGAUUUGAAAGUAGUAAUUUUUAUUUUUAGGAGCAACCUAUUUGGAAAUUAUUUUAAGUCAACAAUGCAGUAUUUUUUAAAGUCUGUCUUUCUUACAAGGUAUGUUUUAAUGUAACAUGUAGCUAGUUUUAGAUUUUUGACAGGUAAACUUCAAGUACUUUUAUAUUUGAAGUUGACUUAAAAAAGCCAAUGAGCAGUACUCAAAGGUGAUGGACUUUGAAGCAACUAAUGGAAUAGUAUUUUGUUAUGGAGUCUAGAAUUAAAGCACCUUGUAUGGUCUACUUUUAAAGUAUCCUGUAGCUUUUAAAGCAUAAAGAAUAACAUUUAAUCUUAUAUUAAUAAAAAUUACAUUUUCCAUUUGUUAAUACAUGUGCUGCCUGUCUUAUGACCAGCGUUUAACAUUGCCCUCCCAGUUAACUCUGUGCAUAACCAUUCCCCAAAUACAUACUGCUGCUGUGGUUUCUUAAUGGAAAUAUUCUGUGCUGUGCUCUGAUGCAUUGUCAUCCUGCUGCUUGACAAAUAGGUUUAUAAGGAAUUAGAAUUGUGUGCGUUAAUAGUACCUUUAUAUAACAAGAUGUAAAGUUAGAGUUAAGGAAUGUGUAUAAAUGAUCACUCACUGUUUUUGUUUCAGAACUGGUCAAUACUAUACCUAAAGCUUCUGUGGUUUGUUUGAUGUUUUAACUUUCACUUUAAACACAGAAUAAAUUAAGAUGAAAACAAAA